AUGGCUGGAAGACGCUCAUCGCAGCGGAUGCGGCAUACACCAUUAGAUAUUGAAGAUGUAGCAUCUGCUGAAUGGCACCCAGCAAACUGGCGCAAGCAUUUGCAGAACAUAUGCGAAAUGCGCUCGUCCCGUGAUGCUCCAGUUGACACGAUGGGUUGCGAGUGCCUGGCGAACAAAUUAGAUGAUCCCAAAAAUUUCCGAUUUCAGAUACUUCUCAGUCUCAUGCUUUCUAGCCAGACAAGAGAUCAAACUACUGCUGCUGCAAUGCAACGUCUGCAAACCUACGGGUGCAGUUUGGAACGAAUAAUGUCCAUGGACCGUGGUGAACUAGAAAAACUUAUUUACCCCGUCAGCUUUUACAGGCACAAGGCAAAGCAUAUUCUGAGCACCUGCGAGGUGCUCAAAAAUAGCUAUAAUGGAGACAUUCCGCAUAGUGUACAGGACCUAUGUCAACUCCCAGGUGUCGGUCCUAAGAUGGCUCAUUUGGCGAUGCUGUGCGCUUGGAAUGAAGUCACGGGCGUAGGCGUAGACACACAUGUUCACCGGAUAGCAAACCGCUUGGGUUGGACAAAACGACCCACGAAAACGCCUGAAGAGACUCGGAAGGCAUUAGAAGCAUGGUUACCAAGGGAUAAAUGGAACGAUAUCACAUUGCUUCUUGUCGGGUUCGGUCAACAACAGUGUCUUCCGGUAUCUCCACGAUGUCACAGCUGCUUGAACAGAAUGAUUUGUCCGACGGGAAGAAAGUAUAAAUUAGCAAAAAAAUGAUCUAUUUCUCUUACCCGUGUCCCCAAUUUCAUCCCAGAGUAUAAAACUUUUUCUGACUUUCACUAUUUUUGUACUCUCUCACUUAUUCAUCUAUAAACUUGGUACUUUUGUUUGCGACUUUUUCAC